AUAAUAACAUCGUAGAAGAAGACGUGGGAGCUUCUCUAAAAUGUCUGAGUACGCUGCAUCUCAGAAGAGUGCCCUGAAUUUAAAAGGCCUUGGGUCCAUUUCAGCUGGAAAAAGGAAGAAGAAGAAGGCCAAGGAGACUAAGCGUCUCUUAGAGCAAGCCGCCCAACAAAACGAGGAAGAGGAGAAGAAGACAUAUGUCGACAAAAGAACACCGGCUCAAAUGUCCUUUGACAAGAUGGCGGAGAAGAGGGUAAGUUAUCGUUCUCCAGCAUUAAAGACCUGCAGCGAAUGG